UUCGCGGGAAAAGUGAAAAAAAUGGCGACGGUAGAAGUUUGAAGUUUAGGCUUCGGAAACACAGACAGAGAGACAGACAGAGAGACCCUUUGAAGGACCGGAGACACCGACACACACACCGUCUGUCUAUCCGUCGGUUGCUGCAGGCGGUGGUUCGGUAAACGGAGGACCGGGGAAAGGAGAGACGCCGCCCGUAUCAGAGGAGGAUGUUUGAGGACCUGAUUGAAGCCUUCUGUGGGGCAGAGUCUGAGGUGUCUCCAGGGGACAGGUCAUGUCUGCGUGAGCGGAGCCUGGAAGAGGACGAGGAGGCGGAGUCCAGUCUGAGUGUGGGACAGUUUGUCCUCUGUCAUUGGUCAGAUGGACUCUACUACCUGGGAAAGAUACAGCGGGUGAGCCCUCCCAGGCAGAGCUGCUUCGUCACGUUUGAAGACAACUCCAAGUUCUGGGUCCUCUUGAAAGACAUCCAACACGCUGGAGUCCCGGGGGAGGAGCCUCAGUGCUCUGUGUGCCGGGAGGCGGGGCCAAACUCUGACAACCAAUCAAACAACCUGAUCUUGAUCUGUGGGAAGUGUGGCAUUGGUUUCCACCAGCAGUGCCAUGUUCCUCCAGUAGAGGGCAGCAGCAGUCUCAGUCCGUGGUUCUGCAGACGUUGUGUCUUUGCUCUGGCUGUUCGGAAGGGUGGAGCUCUGAAGAAAGGUCCGAUAGCGAAGGCCCUGUCAUCCAUGAAGCAGGUUCUGGCGUACGAGAUGGACUCUCUGGACUGGGACUCUCAGCACCGGACCAAUCAGCAGCAGUGUUACUGCUACUGCGGCGGCCCCGGAGAGUGGUACCUGAAGAUGCUGCAGUGCUUCAGGUGUCAGCAGUGGUUCCAUGAAGCGUGCACUCAGUGCCUGCAGGAGUCCAUGAUGUUCGGAGACAGGUUCUACCUGUUCCUCUGCUCGGUGUGUAAUAAAGGCUCCGAGUAUGUCCGCCGGCUGUCCCUCAGGUGGGUGGACGUGGUUCACCUGGUCCUCUACAACCUGUCGGUCAGCAGCAAGAAGAAGUACUUCGAGCUGGACGAGAUCCUCGCCUUCGUGUCCACCAACUGGGAGCAUCUGCAGCUCGGAAAGCUGUCCAACACUCCUCCAGCAGAGAGGGGGCAGCACCUGCUGGACGCUCUGAACAAAUACAAGAGCAAGUUUCUGUGUGGGAAGGAGAUUAAGAAGAGGAAGUGCAUCUUUCGUUUGAGGACCCGGGUUCCUCCCAACCCCCCCUGCAAGCUUUUCCCUGAGCGUGCUCAGACGGACGGGGGGCGGGGCCGUAAGAAGACCACGGCCAGCGGAGCGUCUGAGAGGAAGAAGAGGAAGUCCAGGUGGCUGCUGGAAGACGCCAUUCCCAGCAACGAGUUGUCCUGCAGCUGGUCCUCCAACCACCACAUGGCCAACAUCUUCGACUUCACCCUGGACGAGCUGCAGAGCCUCAAGAGCAGCUCCAGUAGAACAGUCAGCAUCGACCAGGACUCCACCGACGCCUCCACCUCGGGUUCGGCUACAACCAGCACCUCCUACCACUUCAGGAGGAGGGUGGGCAGUAGGAAGAGGAAGUUGCCGAGCAACAGCUACAGCCAGUGGGCCAAUCGCAGUGAGGUGGGGGAGGAUCCUCCUGAGAUAAUGGAGGACCCGAGACACGCCCACUUAUCAACAGACCCCGCCCACCUGCUAUCGGACGCCUCACAGUUCCACUCUGACUCCUCCCACCUGCACUCCUCCAUCUCCUCGUACUUUGGUGUGGCGGGGCGGCUGACCAACGGGGAGCGGUACCAGGUGCUGGCCCGCCGGGUCACACCUCAGGGGACAGUGCAGUACCUGCUGGAGUGGGAGGGGACGACUCCUUAUUAGGAUGUUACUAUAGCAGCAGUGUUCAGGCUGUUUGAGAGGCUUUGAUUCGUGUUUCUCCAAACUCAGCUGCUGAAUUAUAGAGACCUGAGGGACCACCUGAUGUCUCUGAGGUGUCCACUUUUAAUCUGAGUUAGUGAUUUUAACCUGCUGCCAACACAAACAUGAAUCUUAGUCCCUUUUGUGUCCCGUAAACACCUGUCCUCCCUGUGUCCCGUAAACACCUGUCCUCCCUGUGUCCCGUAAACACCUGUCCUCCCUGUGUCCCGUAAACACCUGUCCUCCCUGUGUCCCGUAAACACCUGUCCUCCCUGUGUCCCGUAAACACCUGUCGUAUGUGUCUUUGGUUCUCAGGUGAGUUUGGAUGAAUCAGGAUUCAAACCUCUCAUGAUGCUGUCAACAGUAUUUAGUGAAAACAAGCAAACUUUGAAGUUCAGCCAAAGACCAGAACCAACACACACACACACACACACACACACACACACACACACACACACACACACACACACACACACACACACACACACACACACACAGUGAUGUUAGUGUGUAGUUCUUACCUGUUGUGAUCCGACUGACAGCAGGUAGAAUUCUUUUUCUUUUCCUCUGAUUUGUCAAACAGUCAGAGUUAGCU